GGGAACCCUGGAGGCGAUGGCUAACGUAAACUCUUAAGUGUACGUAAACAAUAGUUUUACGUUAAAUUUUGAGAACACGCAAUUUUUAAAAGUAUAUUUAAUGCAUGAAGUUAAUAAAUAAUCGAUCGGUUUCUAGUAGUUUUACCUCAACGACGCCCGGAGUCAUGACUUGUGUUGAGGGAUGUAACGUUAACGUACGUGCUCAUUUGUUUGCACGAGCUUCUCGUACGACGUUACUUAUUUAGCUUAAAAAUGUACUCAUUGCGACACUUCGGAGGAAUGAAAAGACGUAACGUCACUACUAGCAUCCGUUAUAAUUACUGUGUUUGUAAACACCUAUACGUUAGCAUUUAAACGUUGGGGGCGAUAGUGUUGUGUAUGACACUGCCGUUAUGGCCUCUCAGAAUGUGGUGUUUGCCAUCGAUGUGGAUUAUCGACCGGAAGAGACCAGCAGCACGACCAGUGCGUAUCAAUACCACCUCAAACACUGGAUACUAAGAGUCCUGCUCAGUUUAGGAAACAAAUACGGCCUGGAAAAAGUGCGAUGGGGCUAUAAAUUCUUUCAUUCGAGGACUGUGACGAGUGCAACGCUCAUAACCAGACGCGCAGACUUCAAGGAGCUUCACGAGAAGGCGUUCGGUGACUUCGAAGAGGAACUGCUUGUCAAAUUCAACGUCGAAGAAAAGUCACCUAACGUUAAGUGUCAGGAGAAGGCGCAAAAAAAACUGAAACCGAGCCCGUCGAGUUUUGUCCAGAAUGCCCUGAAAGAGAUCCUCCUGGAUUUCCAGUGGGACAGACCCGACCUAACAUCUCCCACCAAAGUGACACUGAGACCGAGACGGUCCAGUCGAAAUGGCAGAAAUGUCCCAUUGCAGGACGAUGACCUUGACAAAAAUGUCCUGUUCGUCGUAUCUGAAUGCCCACGCUCUAAAAGGGAGUUAGGGGACUACGUGUGUCUUCGUAGGGAGGACGGUAGACAACAUAAAGAUGUACGAGAGCAAGUGUUAUCCAAAAGUCUCAUAGAUAUGCUUACGCAACGAAAAGUUGUGCUGCAUUGGGCUGACUCGGGCAUAUUGAAGGCUAGUCAUGUGGUAGAGGACUACACUGGCAUAGAAACAGUGGCAGAGCUUCUAGGACAGGUUGGUGGACAGGUGGUACCCAUGCUGUCUCCUUGCUUGUCACUAAGGGACCAACAUCCAGGUGUAAGCCCUGCACUGGCUACGGGAAUAGAUGCUUUUCCAAUCGAGUCCACUAGCAUCUACAUUCAGUCCUCUGAACGGAUGCACCGACAAGCAUUUCCGCCUUUAGGUGGAUCUCUUUGCUGGAUUGCAGGUGCAGAAAAGCAGUCCUGUAGUGUGAUGCUUGAGCCAGUCUCAUGCCGACAGAGAUCUCUCCGGGCUCCUGUACAGGUGACACUCAGAGGUGUCCUGCAAGGCUUCAGCACCCUCUCACGUUCAGAUGCAGAGAACUGGAUUAUGCGGUGCUCGGAUGCUAAAAUUGGUCAAAUGUUGUUUCAGCACUACAGGGAGCUGUCCACCGGAGGAUGUUCUAUGCUUGCAGAAGUGAGUGAAGGUGGGGUGGUUUGUUCAGCGGUGCUGUCGGUGAUGUCGUCCUGCACAGCCCUGCUCACUGUCCUUCAGCCAUUGGUAACUCAGGGAAACGAGCACCUGCCCGACAGUCUUGUUUCCUCGGAAACCACAGACGACUCCACAGACUUGCCCGAUGUUGUCAGCAGUGUUCUCAAUGUCAUAUACGGCAUCAUGGAGAAUGAAGAUUGCUCAGAUCAAGUAAAGCCAUUGGUUCCUGACUGGGCCAAUCAAGAACUCAAACAGGAGUCUUGUCCAAGAAACAAUGGGCUGGUAGAAGGGUGGUUCCCUCUGUCCAACCAAUCAGGAAUCAGCUGCAACUUAAUGGAAUCGAUGAGGUUGCUGCAUGCAGCCCCUGAAGAAGAACAUGCAGAGGAGCUUUCAGACUCGGAGCAGGAUCUGACCAGCUGUCUGUCAGAGCUCUAUGAGAGCAGCACAGCUGGUUCCAACGGCAACCAGAGAUCCAACAAACGAGGUACCCAACGAACACCAGUAAGACAGAAGAUGAAGACCAUGAGUCGCUCUUUACAGAUGCUGAACUUCGCCCGCUUGAAUGUUAAAGCUCAAAAGACGCAUCCUGAUAGCAGCUCUGCUGCUUCUGCCAAAGCGAAUGAAAGAGGAGGAAAGAAAUGCCCUGGGGAUCGAAGCAAGCCUGGUCUGCUGCACUUCACCAGUGAGGAGGAGCUGCUAUCCCACCUGCAGACCGCUUAUCAAAAAGCUGUGGACAACCGAUCAGUGCCUGUUCUCACUCAGGUCCAGGAUUUGCUCUCAGUUCUGAAGGCAUUCAUCAAAAUCAACACAGAUCUGGAGGCUUCAUUCUUGGAUUUGGUGCAGAAGAAUCUAUUGAAAACCUGUCAGUCUGUUCGUCAGCUUUAUGGGGACUCUACUGAUGUUGACAGCAAAAUCAGGGAAUGUCAGGUGCAAGCAGUUCUCAGACUUGAGCUGUGCAAACAAGCAGAACAAGAGGAGGAGGUUGUGGAACAGAGAGUUGAGGAAGUGGCUGAUAUGCUCCGGAUUAUCUCUCGGAGUAAAGAUGCUGUCUAUUUGUCCAAGUUUAUGCAGGAUGAAGUCCUUUCAGUGUAUUUGAACACCAUACCCAAGGUUCUGGCAGAUGUCUAUCACAGUCUUGGAACUCAGCUUCCAGAGGCACUUAUUGCCGUCCUGCCAUCUGAUUUCUUCAGUGAUGAGUCUAUGGCUAAGGACAGCAUUUCUGUGAGCCCCUCCCCUUUCUCUGCCACACAGAGCAACGUCUCCAGUGUUGGAGAUCACCUGGAGGAACUCCGCAACCGCUCCGCUAAGAAGAGAAGGCAAAACAUGCUUACACGCCACAAGACCAUGACAGAAGCUCCUCAAGCACUUCGACAGAUAGAAAUGCCAAGAAAGUCCACACGUCUGACAAAGCCAAAAUCGUGUGUUCCUGUAGAAAAACCUGCUGUAGAGGAGCCACCACCUCAAAAGCAAGCAGUUCAAGAGGUCACAAAGGUUAGGAGAAAUCUCUUUAACCAAGUGACGGUAUCUCCUUCGAAGAAGUCCAAAAUGCCCAGAAGCCAGUCUGUGUCGGCGGUAGAGGGACUCAGAAAACGCAAGUGUUCAAGUGUGGAGGAUGAUGAAAAACAUGCUUUGUUGACAAAGAAAGUAUCUGAAACGCCACUACAUAAGCAGGUGUCUAAUCGCUUACUUCACAGGCAGAGAACUGGCAGGAGACCUGGAGAAUCAGAUGUGUGCAUUAUUGAGGAGUCUCCUAUCAAACCAGCUGUAGACCUGAGGAGGAGUCCAAGAAUUAAAAGCCUUGCCAGGAGACAUUCCAGCGUGUUUUAUUCAAGCUCACAGCCACGUUCACGAAACCUGGAUCGCGCCCUCUCUUCAUCUCAACUCUGUCACUCUGAGGGUAAAGGUGGAUUUAGCGUUAGUUCUGUUAGGUCACCAGUUAGGCUCCUUUUUGGCGCCACCCAGUCACCCGGAAGAUUACGGAUGCCUGUGGCAUCCUUUUCAGGAGAUCAGGGAAACAAAGAGUCUCUUACAUCUGCAGUUUUUGAGAGUCAAAAUAAAACUCCACAAAAGAGACAUUCUGAUCCGUUUGGAUCUGCAGUUGGGUGCAGAACCCCUCGGUCCCCAAGAACUCCAAGCUGGACAGUUGGAGAGAAUGGGAUGGCCCUAAGAGGGAGUCCCUUUCGGUCACCGACUGCAAACAACAUUGUCGUAGAGACGCCCAAGAAAAGCCCCCUGAAAGGAAUACUGAAAACACCAAUGAAAAGCCUCCUGGAUUGUGUUUCUCCAAAUGGAGCUUGGCUGAGGAGCCCAAGCGUAAGAACGCCAAAGAAGAGUGUCACGUGGACUCCAUCUCCACGAAAGCGGCUGUCAGAAAACCCAGUUAAUGUGCCAGAGUCUCCCGUGUUUGCAAAAAGAUAUUCACCAAAUCUGCUAACACCCGGCAAAAACUGCAACCCAGGUGAGAGGACUGAUGUUUUUAAAACGCCUGACAAGGUGCCCCGAAGGAAAAGCAAAGCAUCUCCUGGCAAUGAAGUUCCUGGGUAUCUUGAUCCAGCAGAGUCCAAUGUGAGGUCAGGAAAGAUGAGGAGAGCACUGAGCUUACCUUGCAAGGUUAUAGAAGAGUCUGAUGAAACGCAGCGCUCUGAUUCUGGGCCAUUUUCUUUUUGUCCUUCACCAUUGAAACCAAACGUACAAACUCCCAUUAAAAGCCCAAGUCAUGGGAUGUGCACUCGCUCCGGUAGGACACCUGUUAAAGAGUCAUCUUUGACUCCUAACAAAUCUCAAGCUAUUCUAUGUACAAGCCCUUCUCCUCGUAAAUGUCUGGCUUUAGAUAAGGAGAAAUCUUGUGUAUCACAAUCGCCUGGUGGUCAUAGAUCUGGUAUCAGCUAUGAGGGUUGUGUAAGAAAUGAUACCGGAGUUAGGGAGUCUCAAAAAACAAAAACUGAGCAAAGAGACAGCGUCCAAGGAAAAGCAGAGACGACCUCAUCAUCAUCUGACUCGCAGCAGUUCGAUUGCUCUGAAUUUAGCACCAGCACCACCGAGGAUGAUAGCAUUGAUAUAUCCGAGGCCUCUGUGGUUAAGACACAGCUGAUCGGUGGCAUUAAAAUGAACAUUGCUUUCUCAAGAAAAUCCUCUGAAGUUUUUGAUUUUAAGGGCAAACAUGCCACCCCAACUCAAGCAACACCAAGUCGAAGCUAUGGCUUUCGUCAGACUCCAGACCGCCGGCAAAGAGAGGCAGAAGCCCGCCUUGGAACAUCCUCAGGGACGCCAAAGUUCUCUACUCCGAGAGCACGAAAAACUCCUGGAUGUGGAAAAGAGUCGAGCGGUCUUCCACCUCUUACUUAUGAAGUAGAGAUGGAGAUACAAUCCUCAGGCCUGCCUAAACUGAAGUUAAGACGAAUAGAUUCUUUUAACGCAGGAGAUGUAACCAACAGUGCAAGCAAGAACGUGACUUCGCAUCUCAUGCACCGUAACGUGAAGGCACCACCAAAUGAUAGCCCUCUUGCACAGUGUUCCAGACAUCGGGAAUUUGGAUGCAUAUCUCCAUCACUCUGCAGUCGUGGAACGCCUGCCAAAAAUACUCCCGGGAUGGGUGUACAGACAUAUAUAUGCCAGUCAAUGACUCCCACACGGUAUCCAACAAGUAACCAAUCCCCACUGGCCUCGCCUUUGACUCCAUCUCCUCAGAGCAGAGGACGGUCAACCCCAGAAAACCUCAACAGUUGGCCUCGCAAAAAAAGGGCAAGGAUCGAGACCUACAAAGAGCAAGUCAUCAGAGGAGUUCCUCUUCUUGAAAAGAAAAUAUUGGAGGACCCGGAGCUUGAAGGUGUUUUCCGUAUUCAAGGAGUGGAGGAACUCAAAGAAAAGAUGAACACACCAGUUGGUCAAAGAAAGUUGGGGCGAUCAAGCCAGGUGAUGGACCGUCAGCGCUCGCCAGAAGGCAUGGACUGGACUGAUACUGUGGAUCAAGACUGUGAUGUUGGAGAUGCCGUGAAGUCUGAACAACUUCCAUGGAUGAGCAGAAAAGUUGAUACACCUCAAGGUCCUAAAGUAAAGAAACAAGUGUCUGCCAGUGGAAUCUUUGCCUUGACGCAGUCACCUCUGUUGUACAAAAAAUCAACUGCAACCAAUGAAGCAACACAAUUUGAUGGAUCAAAGUCUGAGCUGGAUGCGUCUCCUUUUUGCAAGCCCAGGCGGCAAAGGACACCAAGUAGGACAUACAGCCGAAAGAAACUUUUAGACUAAUUGGUCUGUCAUUUCAAUAUGAACUUUUCUUUUGCCUUAAAUGGCUCUGUUGCUUUUAGAAAAUCACAUGUCUGUCUGUUUUGAGUGUUGUCUAUAUUAGCUGAGGUGUUCUUGUGUAAUAAUGCAUUACCUAAUAUUGUAUAUUUUGUACUUUUUGUAAAUUACACAAACGUUGCAUGUGCCAUCAGUUAGAACAGUUGUAGGUGUUUUAACUGAUCUGAUCUGAUCUGAUCUAAACGUGUACUGUGAUUUUUAUGUAGCUUUCUUCGUUUGGCAGCUGUGAUUGAACAUCUCGUCACAAUGUGAAAUCAAUGUAAAUGUUAAACAGAUUAUUUUAAUAAAGACAAUGUUGUU